AUGCUUCUCUUAUUUUUCCUACUACUAUUUUUGAUCAAAAUCUCUGGAGCAAGUUAUAUUUGCAAGGACAAUGGUCUCACAUUCGCGGCAAAUUUUACAGAGAACUCAUUUUAUGAGGAAGGCAAAGACUUAUGUGAAUAUAUUUUCGUACCAAAAAUGAAUGAAUCAGUUGUUUUGUCGGAUAUUUCGUGUGAUUAUAAUGUGGAUAUUUGGCUGAUUUUUGGUGAUGAACAAGAGAAUUUCGAAGAAAAUGAAAUUUCAUUGGGAAAAAUUAGUAAAUCGUAUUGCUCUGAUAAUUAUAAAUAUGAGUCUCCAGAAAACACUGGAAUUCGUGUAAAAAUCUAUAAUAAAGAGGAAUAUGGAAUCAGUUUUGACUUCAAAAGAAACAAAAAUCCUACUGCCAAAUGCGAGUUUCCUAUCAAACAUCUGAUUGCAAAUCAAUCGAUUCUUUUAACAUCACAAUCGAAAUCUGAAAGAUGUGUAUAUCGCCUGAUUCCGUCUGAACAUUCCGAAGAUUUCAAUGAAAUACUUAUUGAAGAUCUUGUUGGUGAUAUUUCAUACGAAGUUCGGCGACAUGAUGAAAAUGGUACAAUUUUGGAAACGGAAGAGAUUAGCCAGACACAGUUUUUUGCAAGGCAGAUCUUAGAUGUUUAUUUGGAACGGAAUUAUGAUUCUUCUAAAUUUGAGUGGAGAGCGAGUUUGGCGCAUAGAUGUGAGUUUUUUUUCGAUUUUGAGGAUAAAAAUACACCUGGGAAAAUUCAAAGAUUUUGAAUCUUUGAAUUUUCUAAGGUUUCUUCCCCACACCUCCCGUCCCUCUUAUAUUAAAUUUUCAGCUUGCAAUUGUGGUCCAUCAGAAGUGUCAACAAAUUCCACGAUUACAACACUACGAUCACCGGGUUUUCCCAAAGCAAACUGCCAUCAUCGACAAUGUUAUUAUUCUCUGAAUUUUGAUAUUUUGGAAAACUCAUAUCAAAUUCUAUAUUUCAAUAUUAUCACAAAUUUAGUGGAAUAUGAUACUUUGACAAUUUCUGAACUAUCAUCUCACAAUCGCAUUUUUCGUGAAAAUGAAGAAUUCAAAAAAUUCGCCAUAACUCCGCGAAAUUUUGUGGUUAACUAUGAAGCCAGUUCUACAAUUUCUGAUCGAAGUUUUGAGAUAAAUAUCACAAAAAUUGAUAUAUUGGAACAAUGUCGUUGCUCAUCUUAUGGUGAUAAAAUAUAUAAAACUUCACGCGGAAAAAUACAGCUAAGAAUUCCCAAAAUCUGUCAAAACAUUUUUUGUCAUUGGAGAAUUCAACGCGAAAGUGAUGGUUAUUAUUAUGUAAUUUUUUUGAAUUUGUAAAUUUUAAAAUAGAUAAUUUUUUCAGAGAUCCCAGAGUGAUAAAGAAAGAUUGGUUUUCGAAAUAUCUUUGGAAUCCGGAAACCCCAAUGAUUUUCUAACCUUCAACCAGAAGAAAUUCUACAAAUCUCCUCAUAAAUCAAUAUUUUCAACCAAAAAUUUUCCAGUGGAUAUCGAUUUUCAACGUUUUGAAAUAAACGUUUUGACAGACACAAAUAUUACUGUAACGUGGAAGAAAACAACUGGUAAGCUUCAAAAUUCAUCGUAGAAAAAUUUAUCUGAAUCUUUUUUUUAGAUUGUGUCUGUCCCACUCCAUUCAUUCAAAUUGCUGAAAAUCAAUCAAUAAUUCUAACAAGUCCAAAUUAUCCGGAUGAAUAUUGUGUAAAUAUGAAUUGCCAAACUAAUUUGAAAUCCGAAAAUGAAACUCAAAUCGAAAUUUUCAUCGAAAAAUUGGAACUCGAGAAUUUCCACGAUUAUUUGAAAAUCGAUAACAAUAGCAUCGAAUUGACUGGAACUUAUCGAAACUAUACAAUUUCGACGGGAAAAAAUGAGGUGGAUUUGAGAUUUGAAAGUGAUUCAAAUGAACAAGAUAAUGGAUUUUUUAUUGUUUUGAGAUCUCGAAAAGUGGAGGAAAAAUCGACGGGGAUUUCGAAAUUUCUAAUUUUUCUGAUGUUAUUUGUGAUUUUUAUUUUGUUGGGAAUUGGAUUCUUAAAAUAUCGUCACAUUUUCCUGAAUAAUACCAAAGAAAAUGGGGUUGUGAAUUAUCAGAAUUAUGCUGUUGAAUAA